GCCUGGUUCACACGGGACGAUUUUAAAAUUGUCGGCAGAUUUUCCAAACCUGAGAGACCCCACACACGGCGAUAAAAAAUCACGGGUCUAACAGUUUUGGUCGCUCCGUGUGUGGUGUGCAGCCACACGGCAAUAUCAACACAUCACACACGAACCGAUUUGACUCCCGAGCAUUCCCAGGUCAGACGGGAAAUCUCGCAAAAUCCCUCGAGAUCAAACGUGACUUUAGAGUAAACAAUCAUGGCGGACGAAGAGGAUGCAGUGGCCAUAGUUUGUGCUUUGUUUUUAACGGGAAAAAAAACAUAAGAAAAAUAAGAAAAGGCGAUGGUCAAAGAGGUGGAGACGACGCGAGCAUGGACUAUACUUGCUAUAUCAUGAUAUGGAGAUAAGUUGUUGUUUUAUCUCAUAGAAAUGUUGUUACGUACUACACAGAUUAAUAACCGUUGAAAUAAACGUUCAUAUAUUAGUUUCCAUGUACUCUGGUGGACUGCAGUUGUGGAUGUAGUUAUGCCCAUCGACUUUAUUUGUAUUUGUUAUAUUAUAUACGCCGGCUGUUUUGAUUUUGUUUCCCGGUACUAUCACUGCCUCGUCACCUCGCGUUCUGAUUGGCUACACGCCACAGUCCACAGGCUGCGUGAUUGUUUGUCCUCGGGGGACACCACACACGAGAAGAAAUCGGGCAAAAUAAAUCCAACAUGUUGGAUAUCCCCGAUUUGAGAUCGGAGCGGUCCCGACAUUCUUCCGAGCAGAGGAGAUUAGUCUUAACACACCACACACGGCAGGAAUAUUUGAUCAGAUUAUUUUACGAUAAUCGGAGCAUCCUAAGAUUGUCAGAAGGGCUGAAUCGGGGCUAAAAUCGGCCCAAUUAUCCUGCCGUGUGAACCAGCCUUAAGUGAUAAUGUCAUAUAAGCACUACUAUAAAAGUAGAUCUGAACUGAUAAGCGAAUAUAAGUAUAUUAAAUAAAAGGUUUUGUUUACCUCAGAUAAAACCCAUUACUUUCAAUCAAAAUGAGUAAACUAAUUGCUUACUUGAACAAGUUUGGGGUCAGCAAGUUUUUUCAUGUUUUUGAAGAAGUCUCUUAUGCUGCCCUAUUCUAUUUUAUUCUAUUCUUUACUGUUUUCAAUUCACUUUAAACCUUUUAAAUCAAUUUUAAAUCAUUUCUGAUCCUUCAGAAAGCAUUCAGAUAUGCUGAUUUCUCAUCAAGAAACAUUUAUUAUUAUUAAUAUUAAAAACAGUUGCUAAGCUUAAUAUUUUCAGUUAAACGAUGACACAUUUUAUUCAAAAUUAUCUCAUUGAAAAAAGUUCAAAAGAACAACUUUGUCAGCCAAGAAGGAUAAUAUUAAAAUAAUAUUAAGUAUCAAACAGAAGUUAACCAAGCCCAAGGGUAUAAAACCUCUAUACCCCCAUGCCAUUUACACUCAUUGUUUCCACAAUCAGUUAAUAUGAAGGCAAUGUUUACACGCCUUUAAGACCUGUUUGUUCAAAAGAGCAACUGUGUGUAACUUCAACACUAAAGACAUGGAAAUGGACAGCAGUCUCGACAGCAAGCCAGAGAUUCGGUCCGCAACUCCACCAAUGGAAGACAACGAUAGCAUGAAAGAGAGUAGCCAUAAUGGUGAAGCUGCAACUUCAUCUUCUCUGGAAAGAGAUGGAGAUUCCUCACAACUGCCAACAAUUAGCUCCAAGUUAUUGAGAAUGCUAGAAGCAGCAACCACCCGGCAAUCUGCACUCGUAAAAAUGCAGAACAGCGAGGAAGUGUUCGAGGAAAAUGAUGGAGCCGUCAGUGAAGCUCCAAGAACAAAAAGACAAAUCCAGUAUCCUGAGCAGAUGCGAGAAUUCGACAGUCAUUUAACAAAGACGGGACGCCGCUCCCUGUCCCACUCUAUUUCUCAUUCCUCCACGGACAGUAACAGCUCAGGGGGUUCAGAUGCAGAAAAUCUAGAAGAUGAAGUCUGUCCUCGAGACAUGCAACAGAUGAACUCUAAAGGGAACAGGGACUUCUGCAUCAAAAACAUCCAACUGGCAGACUUUGGUCGUCGAGAGAUAGAACUUGCCGAGGAUGAGAUGACUGCACUGAUGGCCUUGAGAAAAGCUGCCCAGGGGGAAAAACCAUUGACAGCAGCAAAAAUAGUGGGAUGCACCCACGUCACGGCCCAGACAGCUGUGCUGUUUGAGACUCUAAAGGUGUUGGGGGCUCAGUGUAGGUGGGCAGCCUGCAAUAUUUACUCCACUCAGGAUGAAGUGGCAGCUGCUUUAGCAGAGCAAGAUUUUCCAGUGUUUGCAUGGAAGGGAGAAUCUGAGGAUGACUUCUGGUGGUGUAUUGAUCGCUGUGUAAAUGUGGAGGACUGGGAGCCGAACAUGAUCCUUGAUGAUGGAGGAGAUAUGACACAUUGGAUAUACAAGAAAUAUCCUCACCUCUUCAAGAAAGUCAAGGGUAUUGUUGAAGAAAGUAUCACAGGCAUUCACAGGCUUCAUCACCUCUCUAAAGCUGGAAAACUAUGCGUCCCAGCCAUAAAUGUGAAUGACUCGGUCACUAAACAAAAAUUUGACAACCUCUACUGUUGCAGGGAGUCCAUCCUGGAUAGUCUUAAAAAGACAGCUGAUAUCAUGUUUGGGGGAAAGCAGGUGGCUGUAUGUGGAUACGGAGAGGUUGGAAAAGGUUGUUCUGCAGCUCUGAAAGCGAUGGGGUCUGUGGUGUAUGUUACCGAAACUGACCCCAUCUGUGCUCUACAAGCAUGCAUGGAUGGCUUUCGACUGGUCAAACUAGGUGAUGUUGUAAGACAAGUGGACAUGGUCAUCACCUGCACAGGUAACAAAAACGUUGUUGUGAGGGAACACAUGGACCUAAUGAAGAAUGGCUGCGUUGUCUGCAAUAUGGGACGCUCCAAUACAGAAAUCGAUGUUAACAGUCUGCGAACCCCAGAGUUAGUAUGGCUACAUGUGAGAGCGCAAGUAGAUCACGUUGUUUGGCCUGAUGGCAAGAGAAUAGUACUCCUUGCAGAGGGCCGUGUUCUUAAUCUAAGCUCCUCCACUGUACCCAUAUACGUGCUUUCCAUCACAGCCACCACACAGGCUUUGGCAUUGAUUGAGCUAUUCAAUGCUCCUGAGGGCCGUUACAAGAAAGAUGUGUAUCUUCUUCCCAAGAAACUGGAUGAGUAUGUUGCAAGCCUGCAUCUUCAGACUUUUGAUGCACGCCUGACUGAGCUUACCGAUGAACAAGCCAAAUACAUGGGCUUGAGUAAAAAUGGGCCCUUCAAACCCAGUUACUACAGGUAUUAAGAUCAUGGAGAAGUCUCAAUGCAACUCAUCAUCACUUAGAAGAAAACAGAUGGAUCUAAAGCUAUGGACCGAAAUCUCAGCGAGGAUUUCAUUCAUCCCUCUCUAUACCAACACAUGAUAUUACAGGCUUGACCAUUAACGGUCAGGGUGUACAAAUGUAAAGUGAAAUAUAACACAUUUUACUCUUGCA